UCUAUGUGUUCUCCGUUCGAAACUCGCCCGUUCGAACGCGCCGUUUAAAAUUUUAAAUUUGGAACACGUGUGUGCAUUGGACGGUAUUUGACAGUGUUUUGAAGUGUUGUGAACUUUUGUGUUAUGACAUAUGUAGUUUGUCGGUUAAUGAAGGAAGUUUGAAAGGAAAAAUAAGUGUUGGACAAUUUGGCAGUGACUCGGAUGAUGUGAAGAUAUAGGAGCCGCCAUGAUGAGGGUUGCUGCGCUGCUGUGCUUAUUUGGAUAUUUAGGCAUAUCGUCCGGCGGCGGCAGCGUCAGCGACCAGGACUUGUUAUUCAACACGACGUCCAGCUACAACGCCACAGAGGGGGUGGAGCCGCACUUCGAUAAUGCGACGAAACGCGACUACACCGCGGCAGUCGGACAGGCUGCGUAUUUGCACUGCCGCGUCAAGAGUUUGGGUGACAGAGCGGUAUCCUGGAUCCGCAAACGCGACCUCCACAUCCUCACUGUGGGUGUGCAUACAUACAGCAGCGACGCUCGUUUCGCCGCGCUGCACACAGAUGGCACUGAUGAAUGGACGCUUCGGGUCGCGCCGGCGCAGCCUCGAGACUCCGGUGGCUACGAGUGCCAGGUCUCCACGGAGCCGAAGAUCAGUCUGUCAUUCAGGCUCACUGUUGUUGUGUCGAAGGCGGAGAUCCUCUCGGGGCCCGAGCUUUUCGUGCGAGCUGGAUCCGAUAUCAACCUCACGUGCAUCGCGAGACAUGCGCCGGAUCCACCAAGCUUCAUCUACUGGUACCGCGCCCACGUGGUGAACUACGCGCAACGCGGCGGCAUCAGCGUGGAGACUGAACAGCGAACGCGUACCAGCCGGCUGCUUAUCGCCCGAGCUGCUCCGAGGGACUCCGGGAACUACACUUGCGCUCCGAGCAGCUCUGAUUCAGCAUCAGUUGUGGUACACGUGGUGAGCGGAGAGAGACCAGCGGCCAUGCAAAGUCACGCCAUAAAGCUACUCCCACACUAUCCCAUCUUUCUCCUAUUAUUCGCAUACACCAACACCUUUAACAUCACAACAUUCUGCCAUACCCUAAAAACAUUUAUCAUAUUCUUAAAAGUAGUUUUCCUAUACAAUUUCCCCAGAAAAUGCGUUGUAAGAUGACCAGCUGUCUAGGACUGUACUGCUUUUAAAAUCCUAGGAAUUACGAGAAACUGAUAUUAAAGAAACGAAUUACUGUAAGUAUCAAGUAGGUUUCAGUAGAUUAUUGUUACUAUGUACAGCUGAGAUUCCGUAUAAUAGAUCCUUUGUAACGGUUAGGCACUGGUCCCACUAAAGCAAGUAUGCGAUGACCUAUAUGCGAUAAAAGGGCCAUUUUUUUCAAUGUUCAUACUCAGAAUCGCGAGCUCUUUCGAUCCUGAUAGGAGAAAAAAAAUGU